CCCGGCCGUAUAUAAGAAUUGGACAUAUAUGUAUAGUCAAUCAACGUGGUGUGGUGAAAAAGGAAACUAAUUAAGAAUGGCCGAUAGCAGCCGGGUUGCAGCAGUGAGUGGGGGGCCGGCACUGGCUGAGGAGAAGAUGAGGGUGAUGGUGGCGAUGGACGAGAGCGAUGAGAGUUUCUACGCUCUGCAUUGGGUUCUGAAUAAUCUGUUUUCACCUGGAAUAGUGGCUACAGAGACACAGACACACUACCAUCAUGAUGACUCCAAUUCCAACAAUACUAUGAAUAUGCUCACCUUAAUACAUGUCAUGGAGCCUUUUCCUCACUACGUCUUUCCUGGAAUGCAGGCCGUGUUUCCGACAACCUCGGUCAUACAAUCCGUGAACAAAGCUCAAGAAGAAACUGCAUCCGCAAUGCUCACUCAGGCACUGCACAUGUGUGCUCAAAGAAUGGUUAAAGCAAAAACAUGUAUUCUGGAAGGAGAUCCUAAGGAGAUGAUAUGCGAUGUUGCGGAGCAAAUGCAGAUUGAUCUCAUCGCUAUAGGUAGCCGUGGGCUUGGAAAGAUCAAGAGGGCUUUCAUGGGAAGUGUUAGUGAUUAUGUGACUCACCACGCGAAAUGUCCCGUUCUCGUAAUAAAGCAACCAAGCGAUUUCCAGAAAUAGUUGCUCAUGAUAUGAUUUGGAAUCCUUAACUAUAUGUCAAAUAGAUAAACAAUAACUCUCUUUGGCUUAGUGUAUGCAGACUUGUGUACUACCGAACUUGCCUGGAUGUGUUGAUUAUGUUGGUUUUGAGCAAGAAUGCAACA